AUGGCCCCCUGGACGCUGUGUCUGCUCUUGCUGCUGCUGCUGGCCGGUCCCCAGGCUGGGCAGGCUGCGCCUCCGACCUGCUACUCCCGGAUGCUGACCCUGAGCCAGGAGAUCACUGGGGACUUCCAGAGCCUGCAGGCUGCGGAGGGUGUGGAGCCGUGUGUGAGGAACCUGCCCGGGCUGUACCUGGACAUCCACAACUACUGCGUGCUGGCCAAGCUGCGGGACUUCGUGGCCUCGACGCAGUGCUGGCGGGCGGCCCCGGUGGACACCCUGAAGGACAAGGCGCGCAAGCUGUACACCAUCAUGAACUCCUUCUGCCGCAGGGAUCUGGUCUUCCUCUCGGAUGACUGCCAGGCCUUGGAGUACCCGGACCCGGGCCCGGGCCAGGCCACCCGGGGGCCCCCCGACGGCCAGAGCUGA